AUGGGCACGGCCAAGAGUCGUAAAUCCAGGCGUAAUACCUCCAGACAAACUGCCUUUAUAUUUUUAUCGUCCAUCAGUCUUGGCAACGAAAUCAAGGACACCUCUUACACGAAUGAACCCAUCCAAACAGCUAUUUCGCUCCAUUCCUCCGAUAGCAGCUCCACCUUUGAAGAAAGUGGGCGCGACGUACUGGCACCCGGACACUGCCGUGCUACAUCCAUUGCUACACCCAUUAUAACGCCGGCUAAUGCUGUGGUUCACGUUAUGGAGAAUACGCAGUCGGAUCAACCUAGAAAAAAAUGGACGCACCGCACAUCUGUUGACAGCGAUGACGGCGACGUUCACCAUCAUAAAUUAACCAGGGAAGACAGUGAACGUCCGAUCGCUUCUGAAAAAAUUAAAAAGAGAAGUUACAAGAAAGAUCACACGGGUCUCAGUAUCAUGUCUGUCUUUCGCCACUACAGCGAAAAACUACGUCAAUCUGCAGGAAAAAGAAAAGUCAAAGAAAGCAGCCUCAAUCGUGGUUAUGUCCAUCAACAACUUACGAAUAACGAGCCUCACAAACACCGAAAAGCGCUUUCAUACGCACAUUUCCUUUCUCCGGAUGAUACCCUAAUGGAAGAAGCAUUGCCUGCAGGUGCCUAUGAUGCUUGCGGUCUUGACAAUGAUCAAUUUGGUAGAUUCGGGAUUCUGUCAGGUCAUAAUUUACGAGCAUCUGAUAUCAAGCGAGAAAUGAAUGAUCAAUUUCGGCAAGCGCAUCCUGAAAUUCUGCCAGAGAUCACGCUCAGUAAAAUUCGCGCUAUCAAAACCCAUCUGCUGGAAGUUGCAAAAGAAGCCGAUCUCGAAAUUUCCAGUGUGGCCCAUGCUUACGUGUACUUUGAGAAGCUGGUCCUUAAAAAUAUCGUUACCAAGAAAAAUAGAAAACUUAUUGCAGCCUGUUGCUUAUUCCUUGCAACCAAAGUCAACGAACCAAAAGGAUCGUCCUUUGGUACGCUUCUAGAGACAAUGGAUGAUGAAUUGGAUGUGGAUUCGGAAGCCAUUCGAGAACAUGAAUUUGCUGUCUUUGCUGACCUUGAAUUCAAUCUGUACGUUCCACGACGUGAGUUCAUGCCACAUUUCGAUCGCAUCUUCAGUAUGUUAGAAUACAAAAGUAGAGAGGAGUACUUGGGCGACAUACCAUUUUAUGAUAUUCAUCAUAAAGAAUAA